AUGCACGCUGCAGAUCGCAAACCCGUCAACUUUGCUUUCUCCAACUCUAAAUUCCACCGAACGCAAUCGCAAUCGCAAUCGCAAUCUGUACACUCCGUCACUUCUCCUCAACAGACACUCCUUCCCUCCCUCGCUCCCACUCUUGGUUCUCUCCUUUACGCCUCUCACGGAAACGGCUCCCACGACCGCACCCUCCUACGCACGCGAUCAGCGCUCCACCCGACCACGAAAACAAUAACAACAGCGCCGCCCCCCUUCCCCGACCACGCCCGGCUGGCAUUCCUGUCCACAGCCCAGCUGGCAUACCCUCUGCGUGCAUCCUUCCCUGGAACAAGUGAUUCUGCGCAGGCGGAGCGUCCAAGCGUUAGCGGUUGA